AUGCUAAACCUGUUCCCGCGAAGGUAUCGGAGUGAUGAUGAAGUGAGGGUGCUUAACAACCAGGACAGGUACCCCAGAAGGCUGUGGUGGGACCCAUCACAGGAUCUCGGGCCCAGCGAGCGAGAGAGAGAAAAAGAGGAUAACCUUGGUUACGACAUAUACUACAACCCGGAUCCCGACGAGGACUAUCCGGAGAAGCUCGAAGCAGACCCAACUGUGAGCACGCAGGUGAUGGUGCGAGCGGAGAUACUGUCGUCACCACCCAGCCCGAGAUACUUCCAGGCGCCCACGUACAGUACUGUGUCAGAGUUCUCCAUAGUCAAUGGUUUUAAUUUAAGAGAGGCGGCACUAGUGGCUUUAGGCGGAGCGGGCGCAGCGUUAGUGUUGUUGCUGAUAAUGGCGGGCGUGUUCGUUGCUAGGCGACGGAAGAACAGCCCCUCCCCCGCGCCCUCCCCUCCGAUUCUGGUCUAUCCACCUCAUGACGUCACGGCUCCUUGUUUCCUGACAAAAGAAGUAAACUUCUCUCUGCCGGCGCUGCGCUCGUCGUCGCUCGGUGAGCUGCGCGACGUGAGCGUGUCGAGCCUCGCCAGCGAGGUGCUCUGCCCGCCCACCUCGCCGCAGUACCGCUCCAACUCCUUCAGUGAGUAUCACUGUGUACCGCCGGCGUCACUCGGCGAGCUGCGCGACGUGAGCGUGUCGAGCCUCGCCAGCGAGGUGCUCUGCCCGCCCACCUCGCCGCAGUACCGCUCCAGCUCCUUCAGUGAGUAUCACUGUGUACCGCCGGCGUCGCUCGGCGAGCUGCGCGACGUGAGCGUGCCGAGCCCCGCCAGCGAGGUGCUCUGCCCGCCCACCUCGCCGCAGUACCGCUCCUUCAGUGAGUAUCACUGUGUACCGCCGGCGUCGCUCGGCGAGCUGCGCGACGUGAGCGUGCCGAGCCUCGCCAGCGAGGUGCUCUGCCCGCCCACCUCGCCGCAGUACCGCUCCAACUCCUUCACCAACACCGCGGACUUGGGCGUGCUGGAUCCUUCGCUGUAUAAAGCCGACAUACUAGUGGAAGACCAGCUCUGGCCAGACGGGCAUGUGGGUCGCGUAUGGUUCACUCUGAAGUAUGACGCGACGACGGAGCGGCUCCAGGUCCACAUCAUAAAGGUGAAGCAUCUGCCGUCUCGCACGCCCGCGCUCGCCAACGCCUGCGACCCCUACAUCAAAAUCCAACUGGUGCCUGACGAGAGGCGAGUGCUCCAGACCAAACAGAAAAAGAAAACCUGCAAUCCGUUCUACGACGAGACGUUUGUUUACCAGAUCCCGCCCAACAAGCUGGAGACACUCACACUCAAGCUGUCAGUGAUGGACACGGGGCGCGUGGGGCGCAGCAAGCAGCUUGUCGGCCACGUGAUACUGCCGCUCAGCGAGCUGGACGGAGCCGCGGCGGACGAGGAGCCGCAGCUGUACAAGCUGGAUAUUGAGAAGGAACUCCAAGAACCUGUGUCGGACCUGGGCGAGAUACUGGUGUCGCUGCUGUACAAUGAAAACCUGAACCGGCUUACCGUCACCGUCAUAGAAGCGAGAGGACUGAAGCUUGACCCUACGUCUACCAGACGUGAGGUUAUCACUAGAGUGACUCAAGAGCGUGCGUGUCGUGGCGUGCGGGCUCGAAGGACCGCAGCCGUGGAGGUCACAGAGGAGGGCUCGGCGGACAUCUCCGAAUGCUUCCACUUCAGACUCCGAGCUGACGAGCUUCACACGACCAGCGUGACGAUACAAGCGCUGCAACCGCACUCGUCGUACGCGAAAGAUCGUAUCCUGGGCAAGUUCGUGUUAGGGUCGUACAUGUUCACCCGUGGACGAGCGUUACAGCACUGGAACUCCGCGAUAGCCAGCCCCAUGGAACAAGUCAAGCAGUGGCAUCCCCUUACCAACUAAAACGCUCACCAGCUCUCGUUUCUAAGGU